UGUGCAGGUGUGUGGGGAGAUCUCUCUCUCUCUGUCUCUCUCUCCAUGGAGAGCAAGAAACCUUGUCCUCGGGUAAGAGUGUAAAUGAAGCUCUCAGUAUUCGUUGGAGGCUCCCAGCCAGCUUUUGAUGGAUUUCUUGGGAUUUCUUCUCUUAAAUGACAGACUGAAUACAAUAUUCAGCCGAAAAACAGCAGAAUUUCUGAUUUCAGACUUGGAAUUCAGAAAAUGCCUGAUUUUUGCAUGUGCUGAUACCUCAGGAAAUCCAUUCUAGUGUUUUUGCCGGACGUUUCAGUCGUUGUCAUGACUUCGGGCUUCUGGGAGUAAUGGUGAAGUAACUGGGUUUGGGAAUUUGCUUAUUAGGAUUUUUUGGUCCAUAAAUGAAAAUACUCUUUCCUGCCUUAUCAAACGUUGGAUUGUAUCUUAAACCACCAGGACAAACAGACAAGGACUGGGUGUACUUUCUCCUGGCUGGUUGAUUUCUGGAUUUUGAGCACUCCUUCUUUAAGAAGGUGUGUGUGAGAGAGCAGAAUGGACAGACAGGUGUGCUGAAGCGUCCGUGUGUCUUGGCAUUCUCUCGCUCUGGGAAGAUGUUUUGUGGCUGGAGGCUGGCGGACUGGCAAUCUUGCUCUGAGACCCUUAUUCGGGGUCUGGCCUCAGUUGCCUGCCUCAGCCUGUACCUCACAGCUCUCUCACUGGGCAUCACGGCUGGAUCAGAGUCCCUUGUGAGGACACCCCAAACACACAUCACCCAUGGAGUCAAGAACCACCACACUGUGCCUAUCACUUUUAAAAGAUCACCUGGGUCUCUACGAGCAGGACAUGCAGGCACCACAUAUAUUUUUGGGAGAGACGGUGGUCUGAUCACAUACACAUGGCCCCCGAACGACCGGCCGAGCACACGAGCCGAUCGGCUGGUGCUGGGGUUCAGUACUCAUCUGAAGGAAGCUCUCCUGGUGCGAGUGAACAGCUCCUCUGGGUUAGGUGACUAUCUCAAACUACACAUUGUAAAUGGCUACAUUGCAGCUAUAUUUAAUGUGGGCACAGAUGACAUCAACAUUGAGGAGAAAGCAAAGUUUGUAAAUGAUGGAAAGUACCAUAUAGUGAAGUUCACAAGAAGUGGCGGCAAUGCCACGCUGCAGGUGGAUAAUCUACCUGUUAUUGAGCAUUACCCCACAGGCCGUCAGCUCACAAUCUUCAACAGCCAGAGGACCAUCCAGAUCGGGGGCUGGGAAAGAGACCACAGCUGUGCCUUCCAGGGCAAAAUGUCUGGUUUCUAUUAUAAUGGCUUGAAGGUUUUUAACAUGGCUGUGGAAGGAGACCCCAGCAUCCGCAUCGAAGGCAGCGUGAGGUUGUUUGGGGAGAUGCAGUCUUCCUCCAUAACACCACAGUCCAGUGCUACAUUUUCUCGCUCUGAGACCUCUACCUCAAUCAUGGAGAUCACCACCUCCAUCCACAAGAUCAUACCAACUACAGCAAGAGCACCUCAACAGAAUGCUGAUGACUUGUUGGUGGCAUCUGCCGAGUGCCCAAGUGAUGAUGAGGACAUAGACCCAUGCGAGCCAAGCUCAGGUGGGGUAGCUAACCCUACUGGCCCAGGGGUGAAGAGCUAUCCUGGUCAGUCGGAGGUUUUCCAUGAGUCCAGCAGUACCACAGGCAUGGUGGCUGGCAUCGUGGCUGCUGCUGCACUUUGCAUCCUUAUUCUUCUCUAUGCCAUGUACAAAUACCGCAAUCGUGAUGAAGGAUCGUACCAUGUGGAUGAGAGUCGCAACUACAUUUGCAAUUCUGCCCAGUCAAAUGAAACAAUCUUAAAGGAGAAACCAAUGGAUGGUACCAAUAGUGUCAGCAAGAGCAAGAAAAACAAGGAGUAUUAUGUGUGAUUCUAUCAUUCUCAUCCACAGUUCUCACAAAAGUCAACUAUAAGACCUACUCAUGUAAGAUAACAAAAACUGAGAGAUUGUGGAAAAGCAUUUAGUCAUUAUGUCUUAAACAGUGGUACAGCAGAAAUCUUUAAUGUUUGACGCACAAUGGAAUAGAUGAAAGAACAGAAGGACAGCCACCUGCGGAUGUUCAGAAAAUGUCCAGCAGUCGGAGUAAGACAAGCUGAUUAAAUAUCCAACAAUUACCCAUUAGUGAUGAAAAGAUGACUCUCACUUUCUUGUGUAACAAAUGCAAGAAUGGAAUGAAGAAUACACAAUAGACUAUUACAAAAUGCUUUUGUGUUUUGUUUUGUUUUCCCGAAGCAUGAUAUUUCUUAUAGAGCUAAUAUGAAUGACAGUUGAUGAUAAAAUGGAAAAGAAGAUUAUUUUUGACAAACAUAUGGCUGCAAAACAGUUGUGGAUAUCUCCGUGAUAAUGGAUUUUAUGGUUAAGUCUCAUUUAAUAUGUUUCUA